AUGUUCAACACACACAGCUCCCAGGCCCUCCCUUGCUGCACAUGCGACAUCACGGCCUUUUGGGUUCUCCCCCUCUUCCCCCCCGCCCCCACCCUCUUCCACCCAACUCCCCCUCCCAUCUCCCUCCCUCCACCCAACCCCUCCUCCCAUCUCGCCCUUGCCCUCCCCUCCUCCCUGCAGGCUCCACAUGGCUCUUCAACGUCGUCCGCCCACUCGGGCCAUCUGGCGCUCUCCUAUUGGCUGCACUCCGUCUCCGCCAGAAAGCUGCGUGCCAGGGGGCUCUCGCCACUCACCAGCCGCGGACCAGGGGUGGGAGGGGGGUUGGCGGAGGGAACAGGGGGAUCCACAGAGGAAACGGGGGGGACGGGGGAUGGUGAAGGGGUGGGGACGGAUGGAGGGGAGUGGGGAGGAGUGAACGUGGUGGUGAAGACACACGAGUGGGCGGAGGGGUGGGAGGUGGGCGAGUGGAUUCGGGUGGUGCUGCUCACUGAGAGGGACGUGUGUGGCGUCGCUGACUCAUACCUCCGCGUCGGCUGGUUACCACACAGCAUGCCUCCCAUCAGGGCCACCCGUCCCACCACCAUCACUGGAAGGAGAGCGCAUUUCUCCUCUUCCCUCUCGUUCACCGUCCCCCCUUCCCUUUAUCUAAACCUUCCUUUCCCUCUCCACGCCCGCAUGCAAGUGCAUCAAGGCCUAUUUGCAAUCCUACCUGCGUGCAUCAAGGCGCACAUGCAGGCCUACCUGCGCGACCAUCACUGCUGGAAGCAGCACGUCGCUCUCAUCAUCCCCUUCGCCUCCAUCGUGCCGCUCGGCAGCCCCUCGGAGCUGCUCUGCCUCUCGCGCCUCGCUGCCCUCCUGGGCCUCUUUUCAAUGGAAGGGGAAGCACUAGGGUCGGCAAAAGGGGUGGUGGAAGGGGUGGCGGAAUGGGAGGCAGAAUGGUCUGGGCUUGAGGGGAGUGAGCGCAGUGAGGAGAGAGGGACGGCUGGUGGGAGGGCAGUGAGCGCGCAUGCCGUGUCAAGAGCCCUUGCUCAGCUGCUAGUCCCCACAGGUACGACCUUCUCGCCUUUACUUUGUGCUGCACCGAAGGUUGGCGAUCCAGCAGGCAAGCUGAGACCUUCAUGCUGUCGAGACUAA